ACCAGAGCCUGCGGUCUGUUGAGAGCUCCGAAGCUUCGACCGCCCAGAAGAAUAAAAGAAGAUUGUUAUUUCUUAUCACGCCGUCACACUCUCCAUCGCCCGUUUUAUUCAAAACAAGCACAUCUACGAUCAUAAUGGAAGGACUCAAUGCCUCGGAACAGCGCGAGUUCGCCGCUCGCAUGGAGAGGAAGCAGCUCAAGGAGUUCAUGACCAUGUACUCCAAGCUCGUCCAGCGCUGCUUCGAUGACUGUGUCAAUGACUUUACCACCAAGUCCCUGAUCUCCCGCGAGGAGGGCUGCACCCUCCGUUGCGUGGACAAGUUCCUGAAGGGCUCUCAACGCUUGAACGAGCGCUUCCAGGAGCAGAAUGCCGCCAUGAUGCAGAGUGGCCAGAUGCCCGGCCGGUAAUGGAUUGAUUGAAUGAUCUGCUUCUUCUUCUGGGUUCGGCGGGUUCGUGUACAAACUAGACUUUUCGAAUGAUGACCCCCAUUGAUUGCAUUUGGUCUGGGAUUCGGCUAUGAUCUGGAUAAGGAGGGCUUCUGCUUGGUUGAGUCACGUGAACUCAAGAAGCAUAUAUCCAUGGUGCUGUUCAGCGUAUGCCCUGGGAAAUGUACUGUACAAUAUAGUGAUUAUGGACGUGCAAUGGACCCUUGAUGGGUAUGUUAAGGUAUUUAAUUGAAACC